AUGAACAACACACAGAGCGCCAAUUUCCAAGCUGGUCAGGCUAAAGGCCAAGCAGAGGAAAAAGGAAGCCAGUUGAUGGACCAAGCUAGCAAUGCUGCCCAGUCUGCUAAGGAUUCAAUGCAACAGGCUGGUCAGCAACUACAAGCAAAAGCACAAGAUGCGGCACAGGCAGUGAAGGAUGCAACUGGGAUGAACAAAUGA